UAACCGUCUUGCAAGCUAUGUAUCAAGAUUUACACAGGCAGGCCGUUGUGAAUUUCGCGGACGUGUUCUCCGCGCAAAUCUCCAACACGUGGUGGAACGCGACCUCUGUGGGCGAAGUCUGGGAUGCCGGUUUGUUUCUGGUCGCCGAGCUGACCGCCGCGGGAAGGAUAUGCGACUCGGACAAUGACCAUUCCGUGGUGUUGCGUGCGGUGGGCCGUGCCGUCCGUCUCCGUCGCGUCAAGGACAAAGCAGUGACAUCCUACCUCACCUCCCUGCGAGACUCGGCUGGGAUCACCGCAGAGAGCUCCGAACGUUUGCAAAAGCUCCGCGCUGCUCACACCCUCGGAGCAGGAACCCUGGAUUUGAAUCGCUUGGACAAAGGGCUGGAGGAUGCUAAAGCGAAGAUGGGCAAAGUGGAUCCCGACUUUUG